UGAUGCAGGUUAGCUUGUGAGGUGCGGAGUAGCGCUCAGCUGACUGGAGUUAGCUUCCUGCUGCUUUUGUUGUUGUUUUCAGGCUUAGUCUGUGAUGCAGUAGACAGUUUGUGGUGGACUGAAACAUGGAGCGGUACGGGUCGGACACGGAGGGGGACGAUACACCGCUGCUUCACCGAGGACACGACGACAAAGCCCAGAAAGCCCCAGCUUGCUGUUCAUCACGCUAUGGCCUAGCACUGCUCUCCUCUUUUGGCUUCUUCGUGGUCUACUCCUUGCGGGUGAACCUCAGUGUGGCCAUGGUGGACAUGGUCAACAACACCCACCAAUCCAGCGCCAACCACAGCUCAGUGUGUCCUGGUCAUACCGACCCUGCACGGCCCAAACACAACCGUACGGCCAGUGUGUACAACUGGGACUCUGAGACACAGGGCUGGAUCCUGGGCUCCUUCUUCUACGGCUACAUCCUGACGCAGGUCCCUGGGGGCUACCUGGCCGGCCGCUAUGGACCCAAGUGGCUGAUGGGCCUCGGGAUCCUGGGAACUGUCAUUUUUACGCUGCUCACCCCUGUGGCUGCUGACCUGGGUGCAAGCUACCUCAUCGCCGUCAGGGUGCUGGAAGGGAUCGGAGAGGGAGUGACAUUCCCUGCUAUGUACACUAUGUGGGCAGCCUGGGCCCCACCAAUGGAGAGGAGCCGACUGCUCACUAUUUCCUACAUUGGAGCCCAGCUGGGGACAGUAAUCUCUCUGCCUCUGUCUGGUGAAAUCUGCUUCUACCUGGAUUGGACCUACGUCUUCUACGUGUUCGGUGCUGUCGGCCUGGUGUGGUUCGUCCUGUGGGCCUUCCUCGUCUUUGACAGUCCAAACACUCACCCACGGAUAUCAGAGCGGGAGAGACUCUACAUCACCAACUCACUGAAGAACGAGCUGUCCACCUCAGCAGGCAACAUCCCCUGGAGAGCCAUAGUGACCUCCAGACCGCUGUUGGCCAUCGUGGUGGCUCACUUCUCCUACAACUGGACCUUCUACACCCUCCUCACCCUGCUGCCAACCUACAUGAAUGACAUACUGGGAUUCAGCAUACAGCAGAACGGCAUGCUGUCAGCUCUUCCCUACAUAGGCUGCGCUGUGAUGGCUGUGCUGAGUGGCCAGCUGGCUGAUUACCUGCGGGAAACGCUCCUCUACCCCACCGUCACUGUCAGGAAGUCCUUCUCAAUUGUUGGUAUGAUCGGGCCGGCAGUGUUCCUGGUGGCAGCAGGAUACACAGGCUGUAACUACACGCUGGCUGUGACAUUCCUCACCAUCUCCUCUGCUCUGGGCGGAGUGUCGGCGUCUGGCUUCAACAUCAACCACCUUGACAUCGCUCCUUCGUAUGCUGGUAUUCUCCUGGGAAUCACCAACACCUUCGCCACCAUCCCUGGCAUGGUGGGACCAGUCAUCGCAAGCGCACUCACCCAACAUAAAACCAUAGAAGAAUGGCAGAUGGUUUUCUACAUCGCUGCUGCCAUCAACCUGUUUGGAGCUGUGUUCUACACUGUGUUCGGCAAAGGAACGGUGCAGCCCUGGGCCGUCCACACGUCCUACUCUCAUGGAGACUGAGGCAGAAGACAAGUGCUGGACGUGUCUGUUUGAUGAUUUCAGUUUUUCCAAUGGACAGGUCUCAAUCAUGGGCUUAAUUCAACGGGUAAUCAGUGACAGAUACGUUCCAACUGCGCUGAUAAUUCUCAAAGCGCAACUAGCUAACUGUGAGUAACAGCCAUAAUACCCUCGCAGAUGUUCUGUACUGUGACUGCAGGUACUAGAGAGUCAGGUAAACCUUCAGUCACAGCAACAGAAGACUGCGAUUUUAUUGAAGUGAAUAUUUCUAGGAGGCAAAAAUAAUCAUUUAGCAGAGCAAACAACCACAUAUGUAUCUCCAGGAAGUGUCAGAGGAAGCUGUCUUUAUGAAGGCAAACACUCCUGACACUAGCUGAAAAAAAGGAAUGAAGCCAGUUAAUAAGGAAGCUACAGGUGUUGACAUUAUGAACACCACAGGAAAUAAGCUACAAGACAAAUUAUCCCAAUGUAGCUCCUCAGGUUUUCCAGUUAGUUAACUUGAUAAGCUCAAUUUUUAUUUCUGCCUCCAGAGCACUUUAAAGAUGUUUUUACCCUACGACUCCACAGUACACCUUCUUGAGUUUUAAUGCCAUGGUUAAAGUCUGUCCUCUUUAGAAGGAUGUUUCCUUAACUGGUGUGUGUAAAGUUUGGGUUACCACAACAUGUGAAACUUAAACUAAGUGCCAAAUAGUUUAAAGUGUUUAAAGGAACGCCUCACCCCCAAAUCACCUUUUGUUUAUGAGUUACUCUGCCAGAGUUCUGUUGAAUGUGUGAAAAGGACUUUGUUUUUCCCACAUGCCUUCACUGAACGGAGAAUCCAAUGUACAGACAGAAUUCUUGAUGAGUUGAAGUCAUAGAAUUUCGUCAGUAUCCUUUAAAGUACCAAUGGUGCGUUCGUUUUGUACUCGGAUAUUCCCAGUUCCCAGUCGGAAGUUUAAACUCGAACGCACCCUGAGGUCGGAUUUCCAACUCGGAAACUCAACCGCAUCAACCCCGACUUACGAAUUCAUGAUGGAUGCCGGUCACAUACAUAGUGAGUAAACACUCUGCUAAAGUACUGUUUAUAGCAAUUCUGUCUUAUUUGUUUUACAUUAGGUCAGCCAUACCCAUAGUACUGUUAGAUUUUUAUCCGUGGGCAUGUUGCUAUGCUGUCUGUACGUGCAAAAUGCCACAUAGAGCAUUGUUAUCAACUGAUAUUGCUAACAGUGGCUACGGCUAGCCCAACGGUAGAACAGUAACGUCCAUGUUUUUUUCUAAUCCAGUCCAACUUUAUUUGUAAAGCACUUUAAUAGCACUUUGGUACUCUGGUUGUCCACCGUUGUCAACUAGAAUGCAAAAACUGUUGUCAACUCAGAGUUGACGUCAUUCUCACUUCCGACUUCCGACCUCUGAGUACAAAACGAACGCACCACAAGUCCUCUACCCAACCCUUUUGAUCACCUGUCAGUACUUCCAAAUACUGAAUUACGCAUCAGGGAGAGAAUGUCGGGUUCAAACAGAAGACGGAAGUGCCUCGAAGCCAGGAGUAGGACACUGAGCUCCUCAGCUUCCCAAAGAGCCAAAACUAUUGCUGUAGCGGUGAUCUGCAGUGACAGUUUCAGUGUUUCUUUUUCUUUUCAUUUCAAGACAGAAGACUUGACUUGUGCUCAGAGGAGAGCAAGACUGUGUCGACCUUGCAGCUUGCUCAAAAAAUACGUUCUUGUUAUUAAACAGAGAGUAAAGGCACAGAGGAGAGACACUGUCUGGUGUCCAGGUACCAGCACCAGUAUCGGUUCACAUAUGAAUGGUACCCAAUCCUAGUAACCAUGUUUAACGAUAGCAAAACUUACCAUUUACAACAUUCACACAACUCGUGCAGUCAAAUCCAAGUUUCAUUUAUCCAGUCGUUUGCUCAGUACUCCUCAAACAUACAGCCCUUUCCCAAAUAGAAACUGAACUAACAGUGAAGCUUUAUCUCUGCUCUCUUCAAAGCCAGACUCCAUUGACAAAAACAGUCAUUUUACCUCACUGAACACAGGAGUUGCUGGUCUACCGCUGCUGCGAUCAGUUAGUUUUUUUUUGCGUCAUUGUGUGACUUUGGUGUUUUAAAGUGUUAGUUCAGAUUCACCAAAGUCUCACAAUGACAGACUAACUGAUAGAGGCAAAGAAAGACCAGCAGCUUCUGUGUUCAGCAGGCUUAAAUGACUGUUUUUGUCAAUGAAGUCUGGCUUUGAAGUUUCACUUUCAGUUCAAUUCCCCGUCAGAAAGGGCCGUCAGGGCAGCACUGAGCAUCUGACUGGAUAAAUAAGACUUGGAUUAUACUGCAUGAGUUGUGUGAAAGAUUGCAAACGGAUGCUUUGAUCUAAUUUUGCUGUUGUCAACAAGACUGUUCUCCAUUUUUGGAUCCUUUGUUCACUGGAGGCAUGCAAGGACCAAGUUUCUUCACAAAUUCAGCAUAGCACAGGGUGAGUACUUGAUACACAAAUUGUGAUUUGGGAGGUGAAGUAUUUCUUCACAUGGUUUUCCCCCUUCCUAACAAAAAAAAUCAUGUCAACCCAAAUUAGACACACACAUAUAAGAAUGUCUUUCUUACCAUUGAGACUGCACAGUACGCAUCCCUUGUUUGGGGAAAAUGCCUUAUAGUGAAGCCUCCUUAGAUUGAUUUUAAAGCUCUUUGUCUUUCACAGGAUUGCAAAUGGACUUUUUUUUUGUAUGUACUUGUCAUAUAGUGCCGUUAUUAUGUGCACAAUAAUGUGUCUUUUCCGGUUGUAUCCACCAGGCACCUCUUUGAGUUUAGGUAGCAGCACUUAACUAAUGCAUGUGUGAAGCACGGGUCAUGAUAUUUUCAAUCUGUAACACUAAGACGACGUUAAGCUCUCUGCACCUUUCUGAUGAAGGGAAAGGAAACUUUAAAGAGGUUCCUGGUGGACACACAGCCUUGUUUUACUCACAGGAUUUGCACUUUCUGUGUCAAUUCUCAGGUAUCGUAUGUCUUAUAAGGAUUGAAAAGGACGUUUGAUUACUUUUUACAGGUUGUUUGAUCUACCGCAUUGAGGUAUGUUCUUAAUUAAGUGUCAACUGGAUGAGAUCCCAUUUUAAAAUGAUUUCAGGUAGUGCAGUUAAUUCAAAAUAUGGCUCAUGGUAAUUCUUUACCUAUUUUCAACUUAUAAAGUUUACACUCUACCAGGUCACAUGUACAUAAAACUGUAUGUAUCUUGUCCAUUUACACAUAACGACCACAGGGGGAUAAAUCAAAAUCAAGCCACAAGGAAAAAUGUUGUUUUUGUUAUGUGUUAACAAGUAGCAUCAUCAUCCCAGUUUAAGACGCACUGCCUUAUUACAUUAGCUUCAAUGGGGUCAGACAAUUCAGGACUGUAGACUCUUUGUUCCCAGAAGGGAUUCCUGUCGUUACUGUUUUUUUUUUUUUAUUCUUUCUUCUCUUUUUUUUAACGUUAGUGUCUACACACAGAGGAUAAAGGGAUUUGUGAAUGUGUAUAUACACACACUAUACUGGGAGGGUAAUCAUUGUAAACUUUCAGUCUGGAAACAUUCCAGAAAUAUGUCUUAAAUCACUGUCAUGUAUUGUAAAUACUGCAUCAUAUACAGCUAUUAGCAAAUCUGA